AUGGACCGCCCCCAGACGGCGCCCGCCAAGAAGAGCUCGGCGUUCGCGAGUGGUCCCACGGUUGAGUCCGCAGACUUCUCCGGCAACUCUGACAGCUUGGAGCAGCUGGACCGAUGCCUGGCGGAGGUUCCGAAGGAGCAGCAGGAUGAGCUCUGGCCCGCUCCGCUCUGGCCCGGGCACUUCUGCAAGAGGUCCCUGCUCCAGCUUAGGGACUCGAGCGGCUUGGCUACGCAGCAGCCACCCUACUCCUUCGUGGUGCGAUAUGACAUCAGGCCGGUUGUCAAGCAGCUGAGCGAGAAGUCCGCGUACCUGAUGCUGCUUGAUGGCGAGAAGCUGCGGCGAGCCGGCCACGGCUCGGGCUUAGAUGUCAUCGCCGCCUCAAAGUCCUGGAUAGCCUGGAGGGCAUUGUGCGCUCCUCCGCACAUGCUGGCUCGAGACGCAAAGGGCAAGCUUGUGGGGGAAACCGUGGUGCAGCCCGAGCUGGAUGCCCACAUGAACGGUGAGGGCGUACUGCUCAUGACUGUGGUGCUCACCUCCGACAUCAAGAACAGGCAGCUGUGGCAGACCGCAGGUGACCUCGUGAGCUACCGUCUCGGCAGCCCACCGGUGCUGUGUGGCCUUUGCGGCGUGUCCGUCCCCAUGCGCGAGCUCAGCAGCCACCAGAGGGACCAGUGCCGGAUGGUGGUUGCGCCAUGCCCCCGAUGCCAAAAACAGGUGCCCAUCCGGGAGCUUGUGACACAUCAGGUCAGCCCAGAUUGCCUGAGCACUUUCAGCAUGGGCACACAAACGCUGGAGAAGAAGAUGCAGGACGCACCGUCCCAGUGCAGCGUCCCAGCGCUGCUUCCUGCAGGCGUGCAGACCAGCUAUGCUCUCUACGCGCCAGAGAAUCUGAGAUCCGAGGAGCCCGUACCGGCCUUGGUGCCCUCCGCGGCCGUGCGCUGGACGCGGCCGCCUCCGGAGGCCCGGCCUCGCGAGUACCAGCUGGCCAUCAGCGAGUUCCGUGGAGACUCAAGCCUCCGGGAGCAGUGGUCCCUGCUUCGGGUGGAACUCCUUGAGAUGGCGAUGCUCGAGAAGCGAGGCCUGCGUGCGGAGCUUCGCCACGAGCUGACUCACCUGCGCCCUGGCACGAAGUACCGCCUGGAGCUGCAGCCCCGCGCGCCGGAUGGAAGCCUGGGCCCUGCGGCUGUGGUCGUGCUGACCACGCUGAGCCGCCUGGCAGGCUUCGAGGGCUUCUCGCCCGAAGACAAGGCCAGCCUCGAGGCGGUGCAGCAGCCCCGACAGGGGUGCCGGCCAGAGUCCGUCAGCCAACGGGAGCAGUCCACACAGGCAGGACCUGGCUUCAUUCCAGGAGCCUGCAAGAGUGAGAUAUCCCGGGAGAUCGGCGUGCAAGCGUUCCCUGCUGUGCUGGAGGAGGCUGCAUGCCAAGUGGACCCCAUCAUACCAGUCAGAAGAGACAUCGCGUGCGGGGAGGAGUGGGCCUCCUUCACCACCACCGGCAUCCAGUGCAAGGCUCAGACCUACGAGUCUUCGGUGCAAAGUGCAACGGACGUGGGACACAGCUCUUGCCAGGCUCAGUUUCCGCCCCGGUCCGUCACUGGCGACCGUAUGGCAGAGCUGGAGAUGGACAUGCAGGCGGCGAUCCCUGGUGCGCGUGCCGUCCUGCGCCAGGUGGGCAACCCCGAACUGAUACGGCUGUGCCUCGCACUGGUUGCCAACGUCCUUGCGCUGGCAAGCAUUCUCAUGGCAGACAUCUCUACGGAGGAGCUUUGGCCUAUGCUGGGUGUGCUCCUCUUGAUCAUUCCCCUCAAUGGCUUGGAGUUUGCCUUCUUUGAGGAACUUGCGGCCGCCAUCGCUUGCGAGUCGGUCUCUGCACUGCAGGUGCUGACGGCCUUUCGCCGCCGCGCAGAGGCCAUCCACAACGCCUGCAACUGCGUCCUGUGCUUCGUAGAGGAGGCAUGGCAAUGGGCAGAGGAGGCUGACACCCACCUGCGAGAGACUGGCAACCUGCUUGGGCCGCUGCAUGGUGUGCCAUGCUCGAUCAAGGACCACCUGGCACUGAAGGGGCAUCUGGUCACCAUGGGCCUUCGUAAUGUGCGUGAGCAGCAGGAGAAGAGGCCCAUCGACCGGUCCAGCACUCUGGCCAAUGCCCUGAGGAGUGCCGGCGCCAUCAUCUUCUGCAAGACCACCAUGACGCAGCUCGGGGAGACGUGGGGUGGCGGCAGCCCCGCACACGGGGAUACUCUGAAUCCUUGGGACACCCUCCGGACGUCUGGUGGCAGCUCUUGUGGCGAGGGUGCUUUGCUGGGCGCGGCCGGCUCACCCUUUGGCAUCGGCUCGGAUGUGGGCGGCUCGGUGCGGAUCCCUGCAUCCUUCUGCGGCAUCUGUGCCCUGAAGCCCACGGCCUUCCGAUUGACCUUCAACUGGGAGACAGGGCAGACGAUCCUCGGGCAUCCCGGAGACUACGGCGUACCUGCCACGCCCGGACCCAUGGCACGGCGUGUGGAGGAUCUGGUUGAGGUCUGUGCAGCUGUCUGGGACACGCCAUACUACGAUUCAGACAUACGCAUUCCACCUCUGCCGUUCAGCAGAGAAGCAACGCAAGUGCGAAGGCCGCUGCGCAUUGGCUGGUAUACUCAUGGGUAUGUCUACCCGGAACCCUGCAGAUCAGUAGUGCGUGCUGUGGAGGAGGCGAGAGACGCGCUGAAGGCAGCUGGGCACACGCUCCUGCAGGUGCAGCCAUGGGAAGCUUGCCCUUUGGCUGACAUCGUUGGCUGCGAUGUUGCAAUGGAGAGGUUGACGGACACUGAUGGUGGGCUCGUGGUUGGAGCAGUGCCGCAGUCUUCUGGAAGCCAGGAUUCACAUCCUGACCACUGGUCGCACCCUUCAUCCAAGGCCAUGGUUCCGAAGCCCGGCACGAAGUCAACAUGGCACACGAAGAUGCCUCCAACAAACACGCCCAAGCGCUACCAGGCAGCGCUGGCAACACGCGACCGGCUGCGGGACAAGUUUGCCAAGUUUUGGAAAGAGAGCGGCCUCGAUCUCUUGCUGUGUCCAGUUUUCCCUUUUCCUCCUCCUCCAGUCGAAGAGGUGAGGAAGGGCAGUGGCCGAUAUAUUCACACUCGAAUCUACAACUUCAUGGACUAUGCUGCUGGGGUGGUGCCCACUACACGAGUGUCGCAGGAGGACCUGGCGCAGGGCUACGACCCGAAGACCGAUGAUGUGCCGUUGGCAGAAAUGGCGAUGCGAGCGGUGGAGUCCUCGCUGGGAUUGCCCGUGGCGGUGCAGAUGGUGGCCCCCCCAUGGAGGGAGGAGAUCUGCCUGGGAGGCAUGCUGGAGGCGGGCCACGACAACAAGUUUGAGACUGCUUGGUGCAACGCCCGUUUUUGGACCACCCAACCCAUUCCCCGCCCGGAGCUGCUCAGCCGCGAACAUGCUCGCAUGAGUCCUCGCAGGUCGAGCGCUUGA